CGGCGAGAUUUAUAUCGUAAUCGUGCCAAUUGGUUCUGUGGGCGAAAUUUUCCGGAGAGGAAAAAGGGAAAACGUUGACAAAUAAAGAGAUCGGUUUCUGAUUACCUCGCCGGAGCUGAAUUGCUCUUGUGUUUUGCUGAGUUUUUUUUGUUCGGAGUUUUAACGGAUAACCGAUCUCACUGUAACAAUGACAACUUCAAGGAGGCUUGCUGACAGGAAAGUGGAGAGGUUUGAGAAGAACAUAACUAAGCGAGGUGCUGUCCCAGAGACCACCGCAAAGAAGGCCAACAACUACCCUGUUGGCCCUAUCUUGCUUGGGUUUUUCAUUUUUGUUGUCAUAGGCUCAUCACUCUUCCAGAUAAUCAGGACGGCGACGAGCGGAGGUGUUGCUUAACCAUACAAUGAUGCUUGAGGCAAGGCAGAACUCAUUUUGUGGUUAUGUACCAGUUGUAUAACAACAUACCGCGCGGUUAUGUAACAACUUCACCUGUCUCUACAAAAACAUCCUAAUAAACUUUUCUUUUUUCCUUCUC